CCUCGAUAAUACAUUCAAACUUGGCUCACAUCGCUUAACGUACUACCAGCUUCGCAAGACAACAUGUAUUACACUCUGUCCGGUCUGCGGUCUUCUUGCGCGGGAAUCUGGAAUCGAUGGAUGGAGAAGCCACGGCCAGCAAAUGCAACGACAUGGUCCACUGGGCGAUCCUGUCUCCAAGAUCUCCUCAAGGCUCAAUCAGAAUCAAAACCAGAUCGGUUGCUCAGCUUUUAUCCCCUUGGAGAUGUGUCAACGCCGAAGGAAGUUUCAUACAGUAGCUUGUACACGCGUGCCAAGACGAACAGCGUCCUGAUACGGUCUCUGGAGAAAUUUCGAAACGGCCAGCCUAUUCUGCUGCAUCUAGGGGACCAUUGGGAUACUAUCCUGUGGUUCUGGUCCAUUCUUCUUGCAAACGGGUUACCGGUUCUCUCAUCGCCCUUGAGCAAUCUUGAUAAACAACGACAAAACUACCUGCAGAAUUUGUCGUCACUCCUCAAAUCUCCUAUCUGCAUCACAAAUGCCGAGUAUCUUCCUUUAUUCGAUGGAGGUCACUCUUUCGAGGUGCAUACAAUCGAGACGCUGCUGGCGAAGAAGGGAACAAAUGGACCCAGCGACCUAUAUAUACUUGGUGAUCACGGAACAAGACCAGGAAAUCAUGAGGCAGACCAUGUGUACGCUGGUGAACGGACGCCAGCCUUUCUCAUGUUGACGUCCGGCAGUACUGGAAAUGCGAAAGCUGUAUGCUUGACACACCACCAAGUGCUCGCUGCGGUUGAAGGGAAGGCUUCUGUUCGACUGCUCCCAGACGGUCGGCCUUUCUUAAACUGGAUUGGCCUCGAUCAUGUCGCCGGCCUCGUCGAAAUUCAUCUCCAGGCUCUCUGGCUUGGCGUCGGUCAAAUCCACAUUCACGCCGCAGAUAUUUUGUCAUCGCCUACGACUUUUCUCGACCUCCUCAGCACCCACCGUGUAUCCCGCUCCUUCGCUCCCAACUUCUUUCUUGCCAAGCUCAUCUCAGCCGUUGAGUCCUCGACCAGCCAGGGUCCCUGGGACUUAUCCGAUUUCAUGUUUCUCGCUUCUGGGGGCGAGGCCAACGAUGUCAGUACAUGUGUUGCAGUAUCAGCCCUUCUCGAGAGGCAUGGCGCGCCCAGUAAUGCCAUCGUCACAGGGUUUGGCAUGACAGAAACCUGCGCUGGGGCGAUAUACAACCUCGAAUGCCCGGAAUACGAUGUGAAGAAUAGAAACUCCGUAUCGUCUCUCGGCCGGUGUAUGAAAGGAAUAAAUAUGCGCAUUACUGUGACCACUCCCGAAGGCAACACGAGAGCGGCUUUGCCCAACGAGCUGGGCGAUCUUGAGGUACGCGGAGAUGUUGUUUUCGACCAGUACUAUCGCAAUCCAAAGGCAACAUCCGAAGCUUUUACCGCUGAUGGCUGCUGGUUUCGCACCGGCGACCAGGCAAGAAUCGAUUCUGCUGGCAAUCUCAGUUUGGGUGGCCGGGCAAAGGACGUUAUUAAUAUCAAUGGCGUCAAAGUCUCUUCGGCUGAGCUUCAGUGGGCUCUCGAGCAGGCCUUGGGAGCGCACGUUGCUCGCGUUAUCAGUUUCCCAUCCAGGGCGGCCAAUACCGAGCAAAUCACCGUCGCAUACCUUCCAAAGCAAUGGCCCUUGCAGGCUGAGGAGCUGCUCAGGAUCCACGGGAUGGCAGCGCACGCAUGUUUCAUGUGUUCUGGGCACCGUCCACUUGUUUUUUGUCUAAGAAAAGAAUCGCUGCCAUUACUCCCUACAACUACUUUGGGCAAGAUAUCUCGAGCUCAAAUGCGAUCGCUCUUCGAAGGGGGUGCCUUUAGCCGGGAUGUUGAUCUCCACUCCGAGGCUUUGGAUGCUGCUGAAGGACAGAGACAACGGACAGGGCUUCCAGCAAAUGAAGGAGAAGCAAGUCUUCUCCAAGACUUUGCGCAGACGUUGAGGAUAUCUGCUGAUACAGUUAGUCUGGACACUCCUCUGUUUGAGCUUGGCUGCACUUCGAUGGACCUCGUCCGAAUUAAGCGUCGCAUCGACAGGCGAAUAGGCAUUCCAAUUCCUCUAGUGAUGCUCAUGAAACAUCCUACUGUUAGGUCAUUGGCUGCUGCCCUCAGCCCUGAUCUCAUCCGCGAUUCUGCAAAUCCCGCCUUGCCAGCAGCGGUAGACUAUGACCCAGUGGUCAUAUUGCGAUCACAUGGUACCAAAGCGCCUUUGUGGCUCGUACAUCCCGGCGUGGGAGAGGUCCUGGUAUUUGUUGGACUAGCUCAACACAUGAGUGAUGACGACAGGCCGGUGUAUGCACUCAGAGCUCGAGGCUUUGAGCCGAACCAAAAGCGUUUUUCAUCCAUCAUCGAGACAGUACAGACCUAUGUGGGAGCCAUGCGGCAGAAACAACCGAAAGGCCCGUACGCACUUGCUGGCUACAGUUAUGGGACUAUGCUAGCAUUCGAAAUGGCUAAACUGCUUAACUCUGAAGACGGUGGGAGCUCGGUGCGCUUCCUGGGUAGCUUCAACCUACCACCGCACAUCAAAAUGCGGAUGCGCUAUCUGAACUGGAACAUGUGCUUGUUACAUCUAGCUUACUUCUUGGGUCUCACUACAGAAGAAUAUGCUGAUAUUUGUGAAGAGAAGGGCUUCCGGGCUGUGCCCCGUACCGAGGCACUAAAACAGGUUCUCCAGGUAGCAGAUGGGCCUCGGAUGGACGAGCUCGGGCUAGGCGAGAUAGAACUUGCCAGGUGGGCUGAUGUAGCCUUUGGUCUACAAAGUAUGGCUAGCGAAUAUGACCCCGAUGGCAUGGUAGAUGUUCUUGAUGUAUUCCACGCCAUACCUCUGAAAAUAGCAUCUGCAACGCGUGAGGAAUGGGUCACAAAACAUCUCAGUAAAUGGAAAGACUUUAGUCGGACGGAGCCAAGAUUCCAUACUGUUGGAGGGGAGCAUUAUACUAUGCUUGGGCCUGACCAUGUCGCUCGGUUUGCUAUAACACUGCAGGCCGCUCUGAAGGCUAGGGGACUUUGAAUUCAUGGAAAAGAUUUCUCUCAUUCUUCUGCUUUACUCCACAAUUACAUAGGUCCAUAGGAGUUCCCUAGGUAAGCAUGAGUUCUGAUAUCAAAGCG